GUCCUUUUUCCAGAAUCUAUUCAUCUUCAAACGCAAGUCUGCCCAAGCAACGUCAUCACCAUGCCACCGCGUCACCGCAGAGCCAAGCGAGCCAAGCCGUGCACCAUCAAGCCGGUUAAGAAGACGAAUUUCGACAUCGCCCUCGAGGCCAUCCGCGCAGAGUUGAAGCGCGAUUACACGUUCUACGAGGAAGCCCUCUUGGGUGUUAUACGAGCGAAGGCGGCGGGUGGUGAUGCCACACCGUGGCAAGUACUGACUCGGUAUGGAGGGUAUGCACUAAUAGCUUUCUAGGCUGAAACAGAUGAGUGACCUGGUGAAGGGCAGGCCGUUUGCGGAGAUGAGCCACGAGGGUGUCAAGUUCCUGCUCGAGGAGAUGGUUCGGAAGUUCGUGGCUGAGGCAUACCGGGUGCCGCAGCCUGCCCUUAUGAAGGUGGC